AAAAUGCGCUCAUUGGGACCUGUGGCUCUCGCGCUGCACGCAUCACUGCUCGUGCUGGUGGCUCAGGAGGUCCAAAAAGGCAAAGAUGGAGUUUAUACGAGGUCGCUGCAGCGGUUUUCUCUCAUGGAUAGAGCAACUGGAUACCAUCUGCCUACCUACAUGAUGCAUCUCUACAGGAACUUCAAGUCCAACUUUUCCAGGCCUUUGGAUGCUAUGGAGCAGGUCGCUGCGAGGGAAGCUGACACAGUGAAAAGUGUGGUAGCCAAAAGUUUGACCUACAGACAGAAGCGUUGGUCUGCUACCUUUGACCUCCAUGCCCUGCUGGCUGACAAACAGAUCCAAGCAGCAGAGCUGAGAGUCAGACUUCCUCAGACCCAGAGUGCCUCCAACAUCACCGUAGAGGUCUAUCACCAGACGUGCCAUAACCACAAGAGCUGCCAGGAGCAGCAGCUGGUGGGGCUGCUCUCUCAAUCAUCUCUGGUCUCUUCAUCUCAGAGCUGGAAGGUGUUCAACAUGACGAGACCUCUGUUGAGCUGGCUCGGGCAAAAAUCAACAGCCAGGAUCCGACACAAGAGAGUGUCGAGGAGAAGGAAAAUGGAAACAAAGAGAGGCCCGUCACUCCCGGAUCAUUCUGUCUAUGUGGCGAGUUCAAGAAGAGAGCAGGACGUGAGCGACCAGGCCUUGCUGGUCGUCUUCUCACUCACAGGCUCGGAUGAAAACUCAAAGGUCAAAGCAAGCUUACUCCACACAGCUGAACAAUCUAAGUUCUUGUCCCCUGCUGAAAUCAAAAAGGCACGUAGGCCGAAGAGGCGCAGGAGUAAAAGGGGUCAGAAAGAACAAACAGCGAGAAGCCCGCAGGCAUCCAAAAGAGGGAGUGAAAAAUCUCUCUGUCGCAAGGUCGACCUGCAUGUAGACUUUAAUCAAAUUGGAUGGGGGUCUUGGAUCAUCUUUCCUAAAAGAUAUAACGCCUACCGCUGUGAAGGGUUCUGCCCUGGCCCCCUGGGAGAGGAGCUAAAUCCAACAAACCACGCGUACAUGCAAAGUUUGCUGAAACACUACCACCCUGACAGAGUGGCCUCUCCUUGCUGCGCCCCGACCAAAAUGAGCCCAUUAAGCAUGCUGUACUAUGAAAACGGGGAGAUGCUGCUUCGACAUCAUGAAGACAUGAUUGUGGAUGAGUGUGGCUGCCAGUAACAGCUACAACAGAAGCAACCGAUUUUUGCAGAAAAAAAAACACUUAACUGGACUGAAAAAAGCUCUUUGAUAUUUGUCACUGUGCACUGUAAGAUUGUAAUGAAUCUAUGUGCAGAGAUGACUUUGUAAUUGGUAAUGUGAGCUCUGAUUUGUGAAGACAUUAUUUUUAAUGUGCUGAAAUAUGGACUCUGUAACACAUUUCCUUAAAGCUGCUGUCACAAUAUAAUGAAUAACUUUAUCCAGCCCUACCAAUUUCAGAAAUGUAAAUGAUAUAUAGUUUUAUAUUCCUGCACUGCUUUUG